AUGUCUCCACCACAAGGGAAAUUCACGAACGACGAAAAACGCCAUCUGCAGCUCGAAUUCGCCGAGAUGUAUCGCAGCAUACAUGCACCUACUCCAACGACCAGCAACAGGCCUGCGAACCAGCCUACGAAUGACACUCCAGCACUUGCGCCAACCAACGAGCCGACGCAUCCUUCAACUCCCCAGCCAAGCUCCGCGCCGCCACGGCAGCAUCUGCAAUACGAGCCAUAUGCGCUCAACGACCCGGCACAACGCGCCGGCUUCAUCAUCGCGGGCGCAAUCGAGUGGGACAUGUGGGUGCAAGGCAAUCGCGGCGACGUUGCUAUGGCCGAAGGACUUCAACAGACUGCGGGCCUGAGCGACCGCGGAGGAGCGGACGACGUGUUGCUCCAGCCAUCACAAGUUGCGGAAGAGGGAGAGGAAGAGAGGGAGUUCGACGACGAGUUCGAUGACAGCAAUGUCCUGGCAUGGCUCGCAGGAAUACCGGAAGACCUUCACAACCACAACUUCGUUCCUGCACCACAAGAAGCUUUACCUGCACUUCCGCCAGCCGAAGAGGAGGAUGCACGCGACAUUGCGCAUCUCGGCAUGUACCAGUCUAUGUGGGCCAACGAUCCUCCUGUACAGCAUGCGGCCGUCAUCGCUGCAAAUACCAUCACUCGUCCAACACCGCCAGGAACGCAGAUCCAGCCUGCUACACAAGAUGGAAAUCCAUACAGCACACUCGACCAAGACGCGAGUUCCAACGAUGGAGCAAUGCGCCGAGGUAGUGGCAAGGAAGUCAACAAGCCAGGCACGCCAGUUACAGACGAGCAUCAAGCCAUUGUCUCGCCGAUGCACUUUGGAGACCGCAAUCGCCGCGAGAUGCUGCCCAUCGUCCGUGAAGAGGAUGUCAACGACUCUGUCUUUCCUCCGGUGACGCGAACCGAGCUCCCUUCCUUCGGCCUUCAGCUCGGUCAUGAAGAAGGUAACACUCAGCAGGCCACCCGGGCAGCGGUUCCUGAUCCCUCACCUCACUCAGGGGUCGAGUCGGCUUUCUCUGCGGAGACAUACCACUCCGCCUAUCAUCGCCCAAACCACUACACGGGUCGGUCUCAGGCCCCACGCGACCUCGAUCCGCCUGAACUGGUCGCGUCGCGCGCCCGCGGAACUUCUGAAUGGCAUGAGUGGAUCAUGACCAACUCGCGCUUCCCACUUCCUCGCCCCCACGUUGAACGCCAAAUCUUCAACUCUCUCAUCCCAACUCCAGCAGAUACACUCCUUGAUCCACCGGCCAACCCUGCCGCCGCUCAGCAGGCUCUCGAUCGACGCAACGAGCUUCUAGGAGAGCCAUGUUGCAUCUGCUUCGAGGACAUUCGAGAGGCGGCUGAGGCACCGUGUGGACAUCUCUUCUGCACCAAGUGCGCCAUCAAGGCAGCCAUCGAGCGCGAGAAGUGCUCGAUGUGUCGGGCGAUGAUGCUUGCGACUGCUCUGACCCGCAUCCGCAUUCCGGGUGGAGAAGAGCCGGAGUUCAGGCACCAGAAGCGUGGAAGGCUGGGCUGA